AUGACCCCACAUCCCCAUCCGCCAUCACCAUCUCCUAGCAUCGAGCUCGCCACCAGACCAGCUUCUUCCAGCCAGCCGCCUAAGGCCGAUUUCCUUAGCCCACCUGCUCGCACUACGAGCCCUCCUCUGCGCGUCACAGAUUCCUCACCUGAUCCGCGCCGAGAUCCCCGGCGGUGUCGCAAUGGCGCGCCAUUGACGCGCCCGCCCAGUGCGUCGUCGUACGCGGGACAGAGCCUGCGGCGCAUGGCAACGCACGAGACGGGCGAGUAUGUUGUCGAGGACUUGGGCGCCACGUCGCUGCGUGUGUACGGCGCGGGUGACGAGGACAUCGAUGUCGUACAGGAAAAUCGUGAGCCAGCCGUUGGCUACUCGGAGAAAGCCGAUGCUCCUCGAGAUGAGGAAGAAGCCGUCCCAGGCGACAAGAAAAGCAACAAAUAUGAGCUGCAAGACCAGACAAACCUGCUGCCAGUGCGGCAGGUGAUUGUCAUCUUCAUGGGCCUGAACUGUGCACUGUUCUGCUCGUUGCUCGAGCAGACAAUCGUCACGACUGCCCUGCCCACUCUCGGCCAGGUGUUCAAUGCGUCGGCCAUCUCGACAUGGGUCGGCACGGCGUAUAUGCUCACCUCGACUGCUCUGCAACCCGUGUAUGGGCGCUUGAGCGACAUCUUUGGCCGCAAGUCGGUGCUGCUCGGCUCGCUCGUCAUCUUCAUGCUCGGCUCGCUCGCGUGCGCUCUGAGCACCAGCAUGAUUAUGCUGAUCAUUUUUCGCGCUAUCCAGGGCAUUGGUGGCGGUGGUAUCCUCACGCUUGCCCUUAUUAUUAUCUCCGACGUCGUGUCCCUCAAAGAACGCGGCAAGUAUCAGGGUAUCACAGGUGGUGUCGUCGCUGCUGCCAACUCGCUGGGACCCAUCAUCGGCGGCACAUUCACUGAGAAGGUUACCUGGCGCUGGUGCUUCUACAUCAACCUGCCCAUCACAGGUGUCGCGAUCCUCUGCAUCUUCUUCCUCCUCCCGCUCAAGAAGGUGCAUGGGUCGGCUCGCUCCAAGCUCCGCAAGCUCGACUAUUAUGGAUCGAUCCUCACGCUCGCAUGGGCUGUGCCGUUCCUCAUCGCCCUGUCGUGGGCCGGAACCAUGUACUCAUGGACCUCGGCCGCCGUCCUCGCACCACUCAUCAUCGGCAUCUGCCUCGGCUUUGUCUUCAUCUUUGUUGAGAUGAAGGUUGUCCCUCUCCCCCUCAUUCCCAUGUACAUCUUCCGCGACAUGACAGUCGCGGCAAGUAUGGCGACGACGUUCUGCAACGGUGCAGCGUUCUACGCCACGCUCUACUACCUCCCGCAGUACUUCCAGGUCGUUCGUGGCGAGUCGCCCAUCCAGUCCGCCAUCGACAUGUUACCUCUCACUUUUGUGCAGGUGUUCUGUUCGUUCGUCUCCGGCUUCAUCGUUUCCAAGACCGGCGACUACAAGUGGAACCUUAUGGCCGGGUUCUUCAUCUGGACGAUAGGCUUGGGAAUGAUGUCUUCGGUCACUCCAUACACUUCCAAACCCCACAUCUACGGAUACCAGGUACUGAUUGGCGUGGGAGCGGGCCAGACCUUCCAGACGUCCCUCAUCGCAAUUCAGGCAAGCGUGGACCGCAAGGACAUGGCCACGGCAACAGGCACGCGCAACUUCCUCCGCAUGCUUGGUGGCACAGUCACCCUGGCAGUGUGCACAGCGAUCGUGAACAACAUUGCGCGCAGGAUGCUCGACCAAGUAUUCCCGCCAGACAUCGUGACUGAGAUCCUGGCCGCGCCGACCGAGCUCGUCGCGAUGGGAUUCAACGACGAACAGAUCCGACUUGUCCGUGAGGCAUACAACCGCGGUAUCAACGGGUGUUUCUGGUUCUCGGUGCCGAUGGCGGGCAUCUCGUUCUUUAUCACUGUGUUCUUCAUCCGCCGCGUUAGCCUCAAACGGGAGGACGACGAGCAGAAGAAGGCCGAGGCUAAGGCGUGGGUCGAGGCGCACAAGAAGCAUAAGCGGACCGCGCCGUCAGAUUCAAGUGGCACGGCUGUGGAGGAGAGUCCGAAGGGAGAGCCGUCGAGGAUAGCGGAGAACGUGUCGCAGGACGAGAACAAGCCACAGUCUUAG